AUGAACGCACCAGGCUCUAUGCGUAGGCCUGGUGGCACUCGUGGCACCAAACUCAAGCCACCCAAAAAGAUCGGUCUCGACGUCUCAAUCGAAGACAUGUGGCUCAGGCUCGUCCACGCCAUCUCGCAGAUCCAGAACCACAACAUCUCCAAACUCAGCUACGAGGAGCACUAUCGAUACGCCUACAACCUCGUCCUCUACCAGCAGGGCGACAUGCUCUACCAUGGCGUCAAGAAGCAAGUCCAGCAGCAUCUUGACAAACUCUGUCGUGAAAAAAUCGUCCCUGCUUUCCCACCAGGCGGCGCUGCCUCUGUAUCGGCGGGUAUCAUCUUACCCGAAUCGCUUCUCAACCGUUCACAAGCGUCGUCCUCGUCUAUAUCUCGAAUCAAUCCCGAUCCUUCUACCAGUAGCUCAAGCAAAGGCAAGGCCAGAGCCAUCGAUUCUGACCCAAGCUCUUUUGCUGACGCCGAUACCGACGCUACACCGGCUGUUUCAGCUGCAUCUGCAGCCGCUGCCUCUGUUUCUAUGUCGGCCACACAAGCGGGCGACCAUGCAGAUGCUGUAGCGCGCACUCAGGCAGGCGAACGCCUGAUGACCGCCAUCCGCGACACUUGGCUAGAUCACCGCAGCUGCAUGUCCAAGCUGUCGGAAGUGCUCAAGUACGUCGACCGCGUCUAUGUCGAGAACCACAAGGUUCCCUCGAUCAACCGCCUUGGUCUCGAGAUGUUUCGCGAUUGCGUGAUUCGAUCUUCCAAGUAUCCUAUCCAGAUUUACCUAUACAGCACGCUUCUCACUCACAUCCAGAUCGAACGCGAGGGCUCGGCUAUCAGCCGCUCGCUGCUCAAGUCCAACAUUGACAUGCUCUCGGAUCUCACCCAGCCCAAGUCGGGCGCACCGACCAGCCAGGAUGCCUCGGUCUACUCGAGCGACUUUGAGCCUGCCUUGCUACAGACCUCGGCAGCCUUUUACUCUGCCGAAGCGGAUCGCUGGCUUGACGCUGGAGACGCUGCCAGGUAUCUGGCGCACGUCGCACGAAGAUUGCAGGAAGAGGCUGAUCGUGUCGCAGUCUAUCUAAAGCCAGAAACGCACAAGCCACUGCAGCACCUGCUGGAAACCAACUUUCUCGGCAAGCACCUCUCGACGAUCAUCAACAUGCCCGGCUCCGGUCUAGUGGCGAUGCUCGACGAGGAGCGCAACGAGGACCUAGCUAGGCUGUACACGCUCUUCAGCAAGGUUUCUGGCGGUGAUACGACGUUGCGUCUAGCACUCAAGAGCUACAUUGGCGCCAAAGGGAAACUGAUCAAUGAUGCAGUCACGAGCCAGACGCCCGCACAAGCUGCGUCCACGAAUCCAAGCCAAGGUCAAGACGAUGCAUCAGGCAGCGGCUGCAAGGGCAGAGUCAAGGAGAAGGCGGGUGGCGAUGUGGACGCAUCGACGCCACAGGCUGCCACGGCGAUUCGAUGGGUAGAAGAGGUGCUCGAGUUUAAAAACAAGUUUGACUCGAUUCUGCAAGUUGCAUUGGCCAACGACACCGGAUGCGAGACGGCGAUCAACGAGGCGUUUGAAUCGUUUAUCAACACCAACAAGCGAGCGCCCGAGUUUAUUUCGCUGUUCAUUGACGAGAAUCUGAAAAAGGGCCUCAAGGGCAAGACGGAAGUCGAGGUGGAAGAAAUGCUGCGCAAGACGAUCUCGGUGUUCCGCUUUCUGCACGAGAAGGAUACGUUUGAGCGAUACUACAAGCAGCACUUGGCGAAACGGUUGUUGCAGGGGCGAAGCGUUUCGGACGAUGCGGAGCGUGGCAUGAUGGCCAAGCUCAAGAUCGAGAGCGGGCACGGCUACGUUGCCAAGUUGCAAGGCAUGCUGAAUGAUAUGAAGACGAGCGAGGAGACAGUGGAGGAAUUCAAUCGGAGCGUCAAGAACUCGGCUCGGGGAAUGCGAUUUGGUGUAUCGGUGAAUGUGCUGACGAGUACGAAUUGGCCGAUUUCAGCGCAGCCACCGAGUUGUACGAUGCCCGAGAUGCUCAUGGAGGCAAGACGACGGUUUGAGGAGUUUUAUCAGAGCAAGCACAACGGUCGCGUGUUGACGUGGCAUGCGAAUUUGGGGAAUGCGGAUAUCAGGGUGGCAUUCAACUCGCGCACGCACGAGAUCAACGUUUCGACAUUUGCACUGGUGGUGCUGCUGCUGUUUGAGGAGGGUAGUGGCAACGAGGUGCUUUCGUACGACGAAAUCGCACGCGCAACCAAUAUGGGAGAUGUAGACCUACAGAGGACGCUUCAGUCGUUGGCGUGCGGUAAGUUCCGGAUCCUCAACAAGAUUCCGAAAGGCAGGGAGGUCGAGAAGGAGGACAAGUUUUGUUUCAACUCGGGCUUUACAUGUCCACUGGCGCGAUUCAAGAUCCAGCAAGUGGCAGCGCGAGUGGAAACGAGCAAGGAGAGGCUCGUGACAAAUGCGAAACUUGACGAGCAAAGGUCGUUUUUAAUCGAGGCAUCCAUCGUCAGGAUCAUGAAGAACAGAAAACACCUCGCUCACUCAGACCUCGUACAGCAAAUCAUCACCCAACUCUCGCCGCGCUUCCACCCGUCGCUCCCCGCAAUCAAAAAGCGCAUCGAAAGCCUCAUCGAACGCGAAUACCUCGAACGCACAGACUCGGCACGAAACAUGUACACCUACCUCGCUUAG